AUGAUACUGUGGGACAUUUUCGUUAUUGCAGCUACACUAUUUUCACGUAUGUGUGUAAGCCGACGGUUUUUGUAUUGGAGGUUGAUUGAAGAUAUUUUAUGAGUCCUCAUUUGAUUAAGGGUUUUAAUGCAGUUUGCAUGCGUUUUUCCAAACUAGGAGCACUCAGCUGCACUUAAUUAUUUUGAUCGUGUUGUCAGUACGUCCGGGAAUAUUUACUGUUUGUCGCAUUUAAAGUCUUCCACAUUUGCAUUUUAUACAGUAGUUUGCUUUUGACAAUAAAAAUAGCGAAGGGAAGUAAAAGUAACGGUUCUUCAUGAGCAACGAAAUUCGGUAAAGCAAGUCCUUUAUAUUUGACCUCAAUAUUGCUUACCUAAUAAAAUAAUUUCGUUGGAACAACUGUUGCUAUCUUUAUAACGUAACAUGUUUAUCGCGCAUCCUUUUUUUCAAUCACGGAGCCUCAGUUGAUCAAAAUUAUGAGUAUUAUCAUUGAUACUUGCGAUAAUCUUAGCCUGAAUUGCAGGAUUGCAGACAUUUGAGCGAUAGCAGGUUUCUGGUAAUUAGAAUAGGAAGUCUGCUUCAAGUGUCUUACAAUUUAUUUUGAUUGAUGAAGGAGGCUUUUUUAAAAAGUGUAAGUCGUAACUUUUUUUAGCAAACUCACAUGAGGAUGAAAACGGUUAUACUUAUGCAGCUGGCCAACUUGAACAAGGCAGAUCAAACGAGAUUACCGAGAAUAUCGACGACAUAUUCAGUCUUGGCUUCCCAAACAGAGUAGAAGACGGUAAGUUGCGGUACAUUAUUCCCCGCUUUGUUACCGUAAAAUACUUCUUCGUGUCAUAUUUGAGAGACGAUGAGGCAUUUUUAUAACUACUCGUUUUUUGAUGACGAUGAUGAUUAUAGCCGACGUGUAGAGCUAAAAUAUAAUUAAGAACUUAAUUUUAAAUAAUGAGAGAAUGCGAGUCCGCAGAGUCAGGUUAUGGUGGACUUCAAUGAUUAACGUUAGUCUAAGGUAAGGCUGCAGUUGCUGAGUUUUGGUCAGCCAUCGACAAUUCAUUAUGUCCAUUAAUCUUCUAUAUUUUGUUGACUGCAGAUGUCGAAGGACAGAAUUUCUCCUACUUUGUCAUGUACGUAAGAAGUCAGUGGAAAACAGUCAUAACGGUUAAUGCGUGGAGUAGCUUGCAAUGCAUUCGGACAUAAUUUCUUUGGUUUGGAGAGACCAGUCUCCUGAAGUAUCUCGAAAUCGUUGUCUCAAAAAAAUCAACGCAAUUUUGAACGGCCACCUAGUUUAGGGUCCAUAACCAAAUCAGUCGUUUGCUUGGCUUUGCAUCCGAUAAUAGGUCAGAUUCGUAAAAAUGAGUGAUUUAUUUUUCCCGCUGAUACCACUUGAGCUUGGAUUGCAAGAUUAAAAUCGCACGAAAAAUAACAGCUAUCAAUUAAUAGCAAUGGUAAAUCAGCUUUAAAUGCAAUAUCUUUUAUUUCGACGAUAUUAUUCAGAAAAUUGUGAAGUGUAAAAUUAUUUUAUCAGACUUUGCUAAGGAAACAAACGACCCAAAGAAUGUUGAUGGACAAGUCAAACGAAACAGAUCAAACGAGAUUGCAGACACUGUCGGUCAAAUAUUUAAUUCUGGGCUUGCAAACAGAAUGGGAGAACUUAAUGUCGGUAAGUUGCGAUAUUUUAUUCCACCGUUCCGUUACUGCCAAGCCCUUUGCCAAUCAGUAUUUGACAGACAGUAAGGCUGUUUUUUGCCGACCUUCCCAUUGCAGUUGCAGCAUUGGAAUGUGACAUAAGCUUGCCUGACAACCUACAUGACUGCAGUUGUCGAAGUUUCAGUUCAAAUCAGCUUGAACUCUUUUGCCGUUAGUUGAGAUAGACAAAAGAUCUCUUGGUCACGUCCAGAACAUUUAAAGUCGUUUUUAGUGCCUUGACAUAAUGACAGGGUUGUUUGGUGGUUGGAGUCACCUGCAAAACUGGAUCAAAAUCAUCAACGGCAGGGUGAACAAAGUUAAUAAGCAGAAAAUAUUGGUUAGAUGUGGUUAGGUGGUCCCGUCUGAUAGACACGGUACUGUCGGGGCUGGGAUUAGGGGUUAGAUUUGGGAGUUGGGUUUACGUGUAGGAGUUAGCAAUUAGGCCUGAGGUUAGUCUUAAGGGCUAUCAUAUGAGGUAAGGAUUAGUGGUAAGAGUUGGGAGUUAGGGUUAGGGGUAGGAGCAAAGGAUUAGGGUCAGGCUUGGGAGUUAGCGCAACUAUUUCUCAACCACUUAAAGUACGGCCGCGAAUUCCCAAUUGCUUUUUUUGUAAACAACAUUUUUGCCUCGUCACCUGUGCAUUUCCCGACCUCAAUAGUAUAAACCUAUUACCGCUGGUCCCGCAGUACAAGUGGCUGGGGUUAGUUUACUUCAGGUGGGGCUACAUAAACAAAUCUAACUAAAGUUGUUGGGGGUAUAUCUCAGUGUGACGGUAUGACCCUUCCCCUUGAAUGUCUCUGUUGGUAGCUGAAGGUCCUUAUACAGCGACCAUGACAUUUUUGCUACACAUGAGUGGCCCACAAUAAAGAACGACCUGCCAAAAUACUAAUGGUAUACAAAAAGUACUUGGACAUCCGGCCUUUAGAGAGCCAGAUGAUCGUUGUUCAGCGGUGGGUGAGGGAGCCGUCAAGAACCAUCUGAAUCAGAUAAUGACAGACACGGUAUUUCUUAGCACCCUUUGCACCUCUGCCAAAUCAUUCUUCACAUCAGGAGGUAUCUUAAGUUUAUUACGGGAAGGGUAUUUUAUUAUUAAGGUGGAAAUAUCGACUUCAAUGACAAAGUUCCUGAGUAUCCAUAUAGCAGGGCUACAUGGAACCGAGAUUGGUGUGAUACACUGGCGUGAAUAAAGCACGCGCUGUUUCUCUAAUAGAGGACUUAACCUUAGCCUGGUAUUCCUAGACAUCUUUCAAAAUUCAUCCUGGUUAGAAGGUCAGCCGGGUUUAACAGACAAGACUGAGUUCGAUGGUUCAUUUUACGACUAACAGGAGCGUGAAGACUGGGUUUUACAUGCAGCUUUCCCCCCCCCACCAUCUCUGUCAGACAAGCACCCCGGCCUGACCUUGGGCAAAAUAAACCUGUGUUUGUGUAAGACGAUGGUAAAUUUAAGCACCAAGGCAUAGAUCGAUGGAAGAUGCCUUGUCUAUUUGCCGUCUGACAAUACUGCUGGAAUGCGACAAUGAGACUGAAGACGAUGCGUAACGCUAACAAAAAUUAAUUAGCCUGCACAUAUUACUUCAAUUGGAGGAAUAUGAGAGCGCAGAUUCGGUAGAUGGUUGGCAUCAAUUAGUUGCGCUAGGCCAAGGUAUGGUUGCAAUCAGUGUUUAAUUUACACCGCUGAGGGGCGACUCGGCGGUUAAAUCAGUAUUUCCACUAACGCUCUGGAAUAUAUUGGCUGAAGUGUCCGAAAAACGAACUUUCUGCCAUGUUGCCAAGUCAGUGCAUGACCACACUCAAAAAAGUGAACUGUUUCCCAAAUUCAGCUGGAGAUGAGGACUUCACAGUCAUAGCAUUGACUGUAUAGGGUGGUUUGUAGCGCAGUCGGCUUGGAGAAAUCAGUUUACAAAAAAUACCUGAGAUUUUCCUUUUCGACGACUGCGUCUUUUGGGAUGUGUUAGCUUGUCAGUGCUUUAAUUGGGUUCGCAUCUGGCCGUAUCAUUAGGCGGGCCGAGGAAACAGGCGACAGAGAGGAUUUGAGACCAGGAGACAUGAAAAUUAAUGACAGAGACAGAGAGACACCGAUAGGAUCGACCUGAGGAUCCGCAACAGCGCUCGGUGUCAACGCUUCGCGAUUGGACUCCCGGCACAAUACCAAGCCCAUGCUGAACUCUAGAAUAGUAUUAUUGGAGGCCUCGUACUGUAGGAUUGUGGGACAUUGUCGUUUUUAUUGCAGAUUCAUCGCAUUCACGUAUGUGUAAGGGGGCAGUUUUUGUAUGAGAGCUUGACUGAGGCGAUUUUAUGAGCCCUUUGUUAAGUAAGGACUAGAACGUUGGCUUUAGGUUUUUUUCCUACUUAAAAGCACUCAGGCGUACUUAGUAACCAUGACCAUGUUGUCCUGCAUCAACGAAUAUUUACUGUUUGCCGCAUCUCAAUUUUCUGCUUUUGUAUGUUACUCAGUAGUCCGCAUUUGACUGCCGAUAACAAGGGGAAGUAGAAAUAACUGUUCUUUCUGAAUAACAUUCAGUAGCAAACAUUAAUACCAUCUAUUUUACUUCAAUAACUGUUUUGGAACAAGGCUGUCGAUAGAUUAAAACGUACUUCGCCUGCUUCAAUUUUUAUUUCGAGCACUGAUCCUUAGCGGAUUUUUCUCAUUGCCAUUACCUCACCUGGACGUCUAAGAUUUCAAACAUUUGGACAAUUGAAGCUAUCGGAGAUCUCACCAUUCCCUUUAAAGGCUUAAGGAGCUUGCUUCUAAAAUUGAUAAUAAUAAAUUUUUUAGAAUACCCAAAUGUGGUGACAAACGGCCAUGAUAGUGCCGGUGGACGAGUUAAAAAGAGCCGAUCAAGGGAGACUAAUGCAAAUAUCGACGAACUACCCAGUCCUGUCAUCGCAAAAAGAAUUGCAGCAACAAGAGGCGGUAAGCUGCAAUAUUUUAUUCCACUGUUGUUUAACCUUCAAAGUUUUCGUCGGCUCAUAUUUGAGAGAACGUAAUUCGCAUUAUUCGGAAAUUACAGAUUCACAAUUUUCAGGAAAAGCAGGCUCCAUUCACGAUGGACAUACUAUAAACUAACACAUCACUCAUGAGUCACAUUGAAAUGAGCAAUUAUUACAGGGACAACUAAAAUCUAAGUUUCCGGAUUUCGGUCUGUUUAACCGUGAAGCAGAGUGCCAAGGACGGUAGAUGGGAAAGUUGAUAUGCCGAUUGGCGACAAGAGAUAUGUCAAAAGGCACGACGCAGAGAUUGAUUCCUAAUGAAGGAAAUGGGCAUCGUCAUCCAAAAUUCGACUGGUAAAUUACUUGACAUUUUUGAAAUUUCGUUGUAUGACAAUAACGACCAAAAAGACAGAAGAAACACCGUCAUCAGAAGACAGCCUUCAGGGGGCUCGUAUUUAAAUCAAUAUGUUUUUUGAACAACGCCGAAGACGUGGCGGUAGAACAACAAAGAAGGAGAGGCGAGAUGGCGGCAUCUAUGAAUCGUUAGAAAAAAAGGAUUGAUGAGUGGGAGAAAAGCACACAAAGAAUGUAAUAAAUACUUUUCCUAUCUUUAAUAGAAAUGAUCUAAAUAUGGAGGAAAAAGGAAAAAUUUAGUGACAAGGUACCUAAAAGAGGAUAACUCAUUGGGAAGCAUGUCCGCUUUAGGAUUAGGAAAAGAUCGCCUUUGGGGAAUACAUUGGACGAAUUUCUGAUUACUCAAUAGGCGACCAUUUUCCUGCAAGCAUACCGAGAUAUGGUCAAGUUCCUCCGCUUGCUCAACUGGCAGGCAGUCAUUUGUGGAUCGUAGAUCAUCAUGUGGCAGGAAAAGUGGUGAGGAGGUAAAAUAGAACCUUGGAGAACACCCACAGUCAUUGGAAAGGACAGCAGAUAUCCGUUGGCCGGAAUGGACAAGUCAAGCGCGGGAUCUAAUGCAAUCACCGAAACAAGAGACAACCCAGCCUGGAGAGCCGCACGCUGAUGUUUUUUUAAGGAGAAGUUUGCGCGAUACGAUACUGAAGGCGGAGGAUAAGUCAAUAAAAGCACAUACAUUGGCGCGGUAGUCCUUACCUAGUGUUCUUUGGUAAGAGUGAACUACAACAGCAACAGCUUCUAAGGUUCUACGUUUGGCCGUGUACGCAAAUUGAAAAACAUUAGGAAAAGUGGAGAAUAAUGGCCUUACAAUAUUUAGGGCAACUCGGUAAAUACGUUUUAACAGUGUGGAAGUGGAGGCAACUAAAUGAAAUUAUUUAGGACCAAAAUUAGUAUUUUUUUAAAAACAGAAGAGAUUCUCACUGUACGCUAGACGUCAGGGAUCUUGAAAUUAAUUAAUAAUAUGUUAUUAAGGUUUGACAGAACAGGAGCUAUGUGAGAACAGCAUAAUUUAAGGAGAAAAGGUGAGACAACAUGCGCGGACCUAUUUAAGGUGUUUCUCUACGGUCGUCACAGACACAGGUGAGGAGACACAUGGUAGCAGAAAAAUUGUGUUUGCGGGAAGAUAGGAAUGCUUGUGAGGAAGGAUAAAAUCGGCCGUGUGCACAUGUGUUACGAGUGCGAGUAAGGCGCUCGAAAUUUCAGCAGACGAAGUGAUAAAUAAGGGCGAGGACGAAGAGAAAAACGCUGUCUAACAAACAGGUUAUUAAAUACGACAAUCCCUUUUUUCUCAGAAUGGUAACGUCCCUAAGACAGUGACGUAGGCCUGACUAGUCGAGGAGUUCCAUUAUGCGUCUUAGAACUUUCGGUUUGGAGGAAGGUAUAUCCGGUCUUACCAUAACAGCAGCAAGAGGAUAGCAAUUAUCAAAAAUUUCAUUUAAAGGCGUUUGAAAGUGGCUAAAGCGCUAUUCGACAAUCGAUCGUUUUGGAGAUGGGGAAUAGCGCGAGAUAUAUAAUUUUGAGGUCAGCAAAUGUUUUUUGAGGACGUGUCGCGAGCAUCAAUCGUACUACCCAUAUUUGGUUAACCGAGCAUAGCUUGAGACGGAAUAGAUUUUUGGGCGACCCAAUAAAGUGGAGUGAUCUGAACCUGACAACGGAACUCAAUUUGUAACACAAAAGGCUUGGAGUUAUUGUUAAAAGUGUGGCCAAGAGGGGCGCGUUUUUGAGGAGACAAGAUCAAAGACUAAGUGUGUGAGGGAACAUAGGUUCACGCAGAUAAGAUCACCGCGUGAGAGAAAGAACACUUUUACCGUAGAAGGAGAAAUAUAAAACGGAAAAAUAUAUUUCUUUAAAUGUAUUCAACAAACGGGGUACGAAUUUAACAACAAGAACUUCGGCCAAAUAAUCAGAGUAAGAGUAAGUGAACCAAUUUUGGUUAAGAGAACUAUUAACCCCUUCACUUCUGCUACGCAAAUUAGUUCUUUUUCCAGUUUGAAAUCAACAGAUGGACAGAGGAGUGAUUAACUGCGAAUCCUUAUCGCCAUUUAACCAUGUCAUUAUAAGACCAAUCACAACAGCCGUAUUGUGUCCUUUUUCUAAAAAACAUAAUUCCACAUCGUAAGUUUCGUUGAAGACCGAACGACAGUUUGUCGAAAAAAAGCUUGGACUUGACUAUUUUUUCUUCCAUUGACUCUGAAGUGCGAGUUAACUAUUACACGGGUGUUGUUUCCGGCAAAUAUGUUUUUUGUUAAUAAAGAGCGUGAUAAAAUUGGCAAACAGAGAUCACAAAUACGACACACUAGCCAAAAGUGCAAUAAUUGAGAUGAUGGACGGUCGUCAGGGAAUUUGACGACUUAAGUUCCUUAAAAAGAGUGCUGGCAUGAUAUUGAGAUGAACUCAUAAUCUUUAUUCAAACACACAAAGAAUAUAAAACACAUCAGCAAGUCAGAGGGAAAUAGGGGGAGGAAUACACAGUUUCAAAAAUCCGCGCGCGAAUGGAGAGCAAAAAAUGGCGGCUCAAAUUCCAAAACCCGUCAGUCAUGCAGCCUGCAUAACAACUUUCCGAUUAUAAUUGCAACGUCGAAAUGUGACAUACGUUUGCCUGCCACCUACUGGGCUACAGCUGUCGAUGCUGAUGUUUAGAUCCACUGUGAUCUAUAAGUCUUUGGUUAAGAUCGACUAACUAUCCGCUGGUCGCGCCCAGAAGGUCCAAAUUCAUCCUUUUACUACCUUGGUAUAGUGAGAAGAUAGCUUGGUGUUUGGUGUCACACACACACACUAGACGAGAACUCUCAACGGAAAGGUGAACGAAGACUAUAAAGCCGAAAUUUCGGUGUUUGUGGCGGAUGUCAGUACGGUAUCUAAAUUUGUAUCCCUGCACUAUUCUGCAGAUUGUUCAAUGCCUUAACAGAACAACCAACGUGCAUAUGGGCACCCGAAAAGAAAAACGACGUGUUAAGGCUAAACCGACUGAACAUGCAUCGUUUAUGAGGACUGCUUAGUGUUGGAUGAAGGAGCCGUCAGGGACCAGCUAAAGGAGUCUCUGAUUUCGACGUUUGGAUCACGCGUAGCGCAUGUCUUCCCGACUUAUGUUUGACAGGAGGAAAUAUCUAAUGUUUCCUACGAGAAGUGCUCUCUUUUAAUGGGAUGGGCACGUGGACUAGAGGGGCAAGUAAUCCUGGAUACCCAUAUGGCAGGCCAAUAGGGAGCUCUGAUUAAUGUGAUGCACUCACGUGACUAACUAAGACAGCGUUGUCGCUUUUGCCCUGAGACAGGUCUUAUUCUUGCUAGUACAUUCGUCUGCACCUUCUGAAAUUCUCUCAAGUUAAAAGGUCAACCACUAUUGUCAGGCAGGACUAGUUUCGAUAGCUCAGCCCUAGUACGUUUUGUGAUAGACAGUGGAGAUAGAGAGAGGGGGAGAGAUGUGGGCCUGACAUGCUGCUCAACCGUGUCUGCCAGACAAUGCAAUCAGGCUAACCUGAAGUGAAAGAAACUUUCUGUCGUGGCUUAAAAGACGCAAGUAUCCUGCAGCAAAUUGCAAUUUAGCAACCACGUCGAUCAACUAAUUUGGCACCAAUAAAACUUCACAUCUAAACUGGUGAAUCAAUAACAAAAAGAAUAAAUGAGGUAGGAGGAGGAGACAAAAUACCUCCGAUUUUAAGUAUUUAUACACGGUCAAAAACACAUAAGAACAGUGGGGCGAUGAAGAGGUUGAGACGACAAAAUCUUUUGGAUAUGAAAUACUUAUUCCUCGUCUGAAUGUUCAUUCAUCGGAAAGAGAGGUUUACUCGACAGAACAUCCCUUGUGUUUGAUGGUAAGAGACCGACAACUAGGUCUCCUACAUUGUUGGUCGCGGACAAGGUGAAUCGAGACUUAGUCUUGGUCAUUGCCAUUAACCGGCAUUUUGGGUAUAUGUACAUUCUCCUCCCCCGGGCUUCCGUAAUUGGCCGUUGACACACUAUUAAUUGCACAUCCAUUUUAUCCGGGUACGUUAACUAUGGACUCACAGUCAGACUCUUCUAGCAGUGAACCAAGGACUCAAAUUAGUGAAAAGAAUUUUGCAAGCAAGAGCCAGCUACUGUGUCCUUAUCAGCGUGAUUGGUUGGACGCUAAUCUGAAACGUCAGACUCAGAGUUUGUAUCUUGUUUUUGUCUAACAGACAAAGGGAGUCCUAUUUUGGAUUGACCGGUAUAAGGGAUAUUCUCCUUAAUAAUUAUAAGUAGGGCUCAGUUACGCUGCCCAGGUUUGUCGAUGUCUCAUUAUCUUAGUGCUGUUGUUGAUUUCAAUGGACGGUUAACAGUUAGACCUUCACUUCUUGACCAUUUUUCCGGGUUUAUCGAUGUGCAGUUGGGCUUUUUUUGCACGGAUCAGAGUCAGUUUGAGGUUAGGAUUAGCGUUAGGAUCACGCCCAGUGUUAGGGUUUGGGUUAAAGUUAUAGGUUAGGGUUAGUGCCAACAUUUUGAGUUUGGGUCAAUGCUUAGGGUUAGGUUUAGGGUUUUGGGCUAGGUUUAAGGUUGAAUUUGAUAGUUAUAGUUGGGGUUACGGUUAAAUUCAAGCUUCUUUUUCUCUAAGUCGGUUCAAGGUUAGGCUUAUUGUAUGGUAUACGUUUUGCAUUAGCGGUGCGGAUAUGGUUAGAUUAAGGGUUACUAUUGUUAUGAUUACGUUAGGGUUAGUGUUGAGUUCAGGGUUUAGAUUUUGUUUGAGGUUAGGUUUAGUCCUAAUGCUGGGAUUAGGGUCAGAGUUAAGUUUAGGUUUUCGUUUAGGAUUUGUGUUAAGGUAAGGUGGUGCUUUUGAAUUAUGAUUACACUCAGGAUUGGCUUGGGUGCUGAGAUCCAGGUCGCAUUUUGAUUUAGGGUUAGGCUUCUUUUUAGGUUAAGCGUUGGAUCUGGUGGUGAUUUUCGAUUAGCGUUAGAAGGGAUUAUGGUUUUGGUCGAGUCUAUAAUUCGCCAUAUCUCACUACUUUUCUCGUCUUUCCUCUCGCGUGUCUCUUCCCCUUCCUCCCCUAACAGUCUGCGGGUCUGUAAAAUUAUAACCAGUCUGGUUUAGUACAAGUAAACAUUUUCGUUUUUUUAUCUGUUUAGCAACAUGACUUUAUUACUUCUUUAAAAUAUGAUCAUACCCUUACGACCAUUUCCGUCUACUCCUUGCUUCAACACCGGCGUUACAGUUCCUCUUUAUCAUUUACUUUCAUCAAAUUUGCCGGAGAUGUUUGGUUCUGCAGACCCACUUGAAUGAUACCAUAUUCCCGACCGAAAACCGACAGGGCAACGGGCUCGUGGCUCAGUGGUUAGAGGCGUGGACUUCUAUCGAAGAGGUCGCGAGUUCGAGCCUCGGGUGUGCCACACUUCGGCGUUGGGUAUGACUGGCUGACGACGGCUAAUAAGCCAGAAAUGGCCAUUCCAGUCUCCCUUGUCUUUGUCGGUAAUAUCAUUCUGACCAUAUGGUUAUUUUUCUAAAAAGUUUCCGUAAAUGCGAAUACGCUGACUUUACAAAUAUCACGUAUUUGCAUGUCCCUGCCACUUUUAUCCAACGAGUGAUAGUGCUACGGGGGAAGGAGUGCUAAUGCGUCAGCCUGGUUUUCAUCAGGUAUUAUUUCACACGCGCCUUCCUGUGUGUGCUUGGAACCAUGCGUGCGUCUCUCCUAUUAUCCGAAUCCGCGAACUGUUACAACGUCGAAGUGUGACAUACGUUUACCUACCACCUACGGGGCUACAGAUGUCGACGCCGAAGUUCAAAUGUACUUUGGCCUAUAACUCGUUGGUUAAGAUCGACAAACAAUCCCCUGGUCGCGCCAAAAGAUCCAAAUUCAUUUUUUCUACCUUGGUAUGGUGAGAGGAUAGCUUGGUGUUUGGUAUCACCCACACACUGGACGAGAACUCUUAUCGGAAAGGUGAACGAAGAUUAUAAAGCCGAAGUUUCGGUGUUUGGCACAGGUUUCAGUACGGUAUCUAGAUUUGUAUCCCUGCGCUAUUAUGCAGAUUGUUCAAUGCCUUAACACAACAUCCAACAUGCAUACGGGCACCCAAAAAGAAAAACGUCGUGGUAAGGCCAAAUCGACUGAACAUGCAAGAUUUAUGAGGAUUGCUUAGUGUUGGGUGAAGGAGCCGUCAAGGAGCGGCUAAAGGAGUCUCUGAUUUCGACGUUUGGAUCACGCGUAACGCAUGUCUUCCCGAGUUAUUCAUAGGUAUUUUUGCAGAUUUUGAAUAAUUCAUAUUGACCCAACUGUGAAAAACUCGGCGCCUCGGUGGGAUUCGAACCCACGCAGUAAGGGGUAGACUUCAGUACAUCCAACGCUCUAACCACUGCCUACCGUUCUCUUCGGGGACGGGAUUUAUACGUACGAAGGCAUGAGAAAUUGUUUGCAGCCUUGACAAGUGAACGCAGUGUGACAGUUCUAAUGCUCAUCUAUUCUGUAUAACAUAGUAGUUUUUCCUUAGAUGAAAAGAUCAGACAUCAAUGAGCAAUCUUCUCGAUGAUCGCAUACGAAGUUGCAAAGUCACUUAUGCACUCACCGUUCGGUAUCAUGAAAAUCCUCAGUCACGCUUAAGGAACGUACUGGUGUGCGCCUUGGCAAAUGCCCACAACGUGGACCCGAAUCCCUCCAACCACCUUUCUUGGCAUUCAAACAUCCUUUUCCACUUAAACGCUUUAUGCAUAGAGUGGGAGAGAACCAAGGUCGGCGUAUUCGAGGUAUGAAUGGGUUAGAGAUUGAGUGAUCCACCAGACACGGCAACAUUGAUCAACGAAUAAGCUGGAUACAUAAGGCAAGGAAACGCUGCUUAAACGAUCACUCAUUCUAUACUACCUAAGCAAUGAGUGUCCAUACUCAGAGCGCUAAAAUCCUCGGGUCAAAUCCAGAUUUGCAAGGAGAGGAUAGUAGGCACCAGAAUGAUGGGUUUGUUGUCCUCGAGAACGCGAGUCGUCCACAGUGGCCGCUGGCGAAUCCAGGACUGCUGUCGUAUGUGUCCAACCAUGCCUAGGAGUUUCUUUUGUAGAUUUAUAUGACAGUCUAAAUGGAGUCCAAUUCGAUGUGUUGACAUGUCGAGGGGUGGUGGUCGAGUGACUUGUGUCGCAUUCACAGGAAGGGCAGUGGUGAGACCAAGUGGCGCACAGACAGUUGCGACUCAAUGGACGCACAUGCAUCCGAGUUGAAGUCGGUCUAGUGACUGCAGGUCGAUGUACCGCGAAGGUGGAUGACCUUAACGCAACGGAACACUCAACCAGAAAGCCAGAUAUAGCCAUUAUGGCUGCCAGCAACAAUUCUCCUGAUGGACUGUUGUCGUCCUCGAUGAUGCUGAUUUGUCCCAAGUUUGUGCGAAAUACGUGAAUCGAAGUCUUUCACAAAGAGUGCUAGGAAGGCGGCGACGUGAUUGUGAUGUUUGAUUGCAAAAACAUACAGUCUGUCCUUGCGUGCUGUCAUGAACAAACAUCACAGCUAGGCAAUGGACCUAUCUGUGGAUUCCUAACUUGCAAACUGUACAGUGCAGGUCGCCGAUUUUUUGUUCAUUCAGGUUGUCCACUUGCAAAUUAGCCUUCCCAGUGAACAUAGUAAUAUUCUGAUUGACAGUCAAAACUCUGUACACAUUUAAUCCCACGUAACAUAGUUUAUCGGUUCACAUUUACGAGCAGUGGCGAAAGAAAUAUCUCCAAGAUAAAGACCGUACCUGAGGUUGAAAACACAAUCACCGCUCUAGGUUAAAUUUAUUGGAAAGUCGUGAUUUUAAUAGUGUAGCCUCUGUUGAUAAAUGUCUGACAAGCACCGCUUACAGACUCCAACCGAUCUACCAAAUGUGAGUUUCCUCUUUUAAGUGCAACUAUUACAGGAAAGGCAAAAAGAUCUCUUCUUCUAUAACAACAAAUUUCGGUCAAGCCAUGCCGUCUUCUAAACAGUCAACAUUGUCCAUUUAAUUAUAUCAAAUGUAGUGGACACAUAAUUGUUGUCUUUAAAUGUGGCAAAGUUGCCCUGCCUGCUGUGUUUCCGAGCACGAAUUCCCUGUAGUGCUAAAUGGUAAGCUUUUUUGUUGUGGCCACACUAGACAGCAUUGAAUAAUUAUAGAAAGUAGAAUAGAAGUAGUAAUUAGGUGAGUGAAUGUAAACCUGAUUCAUAUAUCCGACAGCUUAUGUAGAUGCUUUUAAACAUUCAAAUUGUAAAAUCUUUUAGCUAAAUCAGACGCCAAGGCGGACGUCUCACGUUAUACAAUUAUACGAAUCAGGCAAAACAGACCAAGUAAGCCAGUUCAAAAUGCUUCCAGGAUAAUCAACUAUGGCUCUGCAAACGGAACAUCAGAAAUUGCAAUUGGUACGUUGCCUGGAUUAUUUCUCAAUUUACAAUAUCGUACUCCAAACACUGAGGGUGCUAUUUGUCGACAAGUGGUAGGGUAACAAUGGGGAAUUUUGGACGGCAACGGUAAAAGCGAUAAAAAUUAAGCCGUCUGCUAGCUGGCAACAAAUACUGGCGUUUUAAUUGAAAGUCAUUUCGUCCUUUCUCUCCAGUAUACGACUGUUCGUAAACGCAUUUGGUUUUAUAUGGCAUUGUGUUUGGGCAUGGGCAAGGCACAUAAUAUCCUCUUUAUAUUCCUUUAAAGCAAACUCUUCAACUGCAAACAGACCUCUAGGACCAUCUGAUUUUGGAUUUCAAAUGUGGUUAAAUGACACUCUGAAUGACCGAGGUCGAUCCUAUUCGCUGUUGCGGCUAUCAAGACAUCGAAUUUAUUUGCUAAUGAAGAAGUUUAAUAUUUCCAGCGUCCUCUCCUGUACACCGAAGCAGCCCACAAAUGAGACCGAUUGGCGGGCAGUGAACUACAGCUGUUCUGUUUCUAUUUAUCAAAUGGAAUUGGAAGUGAUUUACCAGGUAAUCUGAGCGAUGAAGGAUUGAUCAUUUUCUUUAUGUUUAUAACUUGUAUUUAAAAAGCAGGCGUGCUUUCUAAGCACAAGUUUCAAAAGAAAAGGGAGGAUAAACUUUCUUGGGAUUUCUGCAAGCAAAUAAAAAAAUUACUGUCUUAUUCACAGAGCUUCUACCAGCUAGUCGGUCGAACAACACAUUCGCUAUAUGUAAAUUUAUCCUUGACUGUCUUGCAGAUCCACAACAUGGAAAGGCAGAGGAAGCUGCAAACGAUAUACAUGGAGAAUGUGGACUGCCAAGCUAUCAUAAAAUCUGACAAUGGGACACUGGAGAUAGUGGCGAUUAGUCUCGGAGAUAAAUAUGAGAAAAUGACACAUUCACAAUUCAUCAGCUUCACACCAGGCCUUCUGGGCAGCUACACGCUCGGAGAGCGGGAAAAGGGCUUCAUUUUCUACUUGGCUUUGAAUUCCGACGGCGACACUACUUCAGUUGUGUGUUGCGACCCAGACGGAUUCAUACACUUCGAAAGGCUCGGCGAUGUGUGAUAUAUUGUUUGGUAAAAUGAAAUUAAUAAAAAUCUGGGUUUCAAGGUGUGUUUCUAACCUCAGAUUCCUACGUUCUUUGAAAUGUGAGUCGCCGUUUUCGUGCAGUAGGAGAGAUUUAAGAAAGAGGCGUCUAUUCUGUCAGACUGACGGUGCUGUUCGGAUCUUGCAUGCACACAUCUGAACAAGUCGGUCUCAGAAAACAACCAAGACUAGGUCAGCAGAUUAAUUGGAUGGUUAUCGUAUAUUUGGCACCCGCAAACCGGGAAGUGUGUCCACUCUAUCAUCCUAAACUCGGCGACCACCUCUACCUCUUCGACCUAAUUGAUGACAGUCGUCCUCAGUAGGCUGUCUUUUGUAUCUUAGCUUACCUGAUCUGUUAACAACGGAUGCGAGUCUGAUACUUCAUAAGGCUAUACAAUAUAUUUGGCCAGUAAAGGAUGAUUGGAGGAUAUUUAUAAUCAACAGUAACGUCGGGGUGACAUAAUUAAUGAAAGAAUCUAAACCGCAAUGUACUAGGACAAGGAUUCAAGUAGGCAUCAGCCAAAUUAUCAUUUCGUCAUUUUACUGUGGACCAUGUACAACGCUCAACCUCCUUCAUCCGUUUUUGUAGAAUAUGAGGGCACGUUGACGCAGUCCAAAGUGUUAAGAAUUUGUUCUGUAUUUCCUGAAAUACAAAAUGGAUUACGUAGAUAUUACAUACAUAUUCCAUAAAACCACUCACGUCUGUUUUGAUAUCCACGGAGGAGACAUGUAACAACACACUAGUUAGGGAUUAACUUUCUCCUAAGAAACUGCUUAGAUUACUGAAUACCUCAAAAGAAGACAUUAAGUAGAAGUACAAAUUUACGCCUCAUUUCGGUUGUCUUACAAAUCCGAUCUCGUCGGUAAAUGAGACAUUGUUGUUGACAGUCCUCAUGGUCAUGUCUAAUGUCCUUCUUCAAGGUUGCGUUGCGUCAAUGUCAUCUACCUUCGUAGCGAACGCUUCCAGACGUAUUGGCCUGCGACCACUGGAUCCCAUUUGGCGAGUGCCCUACUCCUUAAAGCUCCUCCAGGAAUUGUGUUGACGAACUGACAAUGGUGUAUGAAUCAGCUGUAGGAAAUUUUGAAACACUGAAACGGCCAUUACUCGUCAUAAAAGAUGACAGUCUUCCUCAGCAGAUUGCCGCCUUGUGCUGUGACCGUGUUGCCAUAGUAGCAAGUAAUGCGAGUAAAAUAUCUGAGAGUGCACAAAUGUUACCCUUACUGUAUAGGCCCAAAGCGGGAGAAGACUAUAAAGCAAUGUAAGUACACGGAAGAACACUUGUGAGCAGCAAUUGAGCAGUAAGUAGGUAUGACAUACUUAGGAGACAUUUUAAACCUCUGGGAGUUAAGGUAAGAGCUCAAACAGAGCAUCAGACCAAUUACCCUUUCUAUAUCGAAAAGUGAAUCAUAGAUUUGCACGUGGGCCUUUCUGGGAAGGAAAAUAUUUUUCAAAUCCUCUGACAGCACCUUCGACACAGUGUGCAUUGGUUUUGGAUAGUUAAGAGGGCUGAACCUUACCGUUAAACCUUUCACAUGUAGUUGUGGAACGAUUUUCCAGCGACCUCGCAACUCUACUCUUACUGCCUCUUUAUUGCUCGAUUAUCAACGCUGCAAAUCGGUCACGCUCUGUGACAACUGAAAAAACAAGCUUUGGUACAGUAGACAGGAAAAGAUGGCAUGUAAAAACUCCGCCUCCAUAGUCAAAAAAACUGCGAAACAAGUCUCUAAUCAAAACUUGCUACAAAACAGAUAAGGACAAAUAGUUACUGAGGCAUUUUGGCCCAGACUUCCGACGACGAUUUCUCUAACUCUGCAGGGUUUUCGAAUUUAAUGGAGUUUUUAAAAGAGACGCUUGAGUAGGGUUCCAGGUUACACUCCUUAAAAAUGUGCCAGCAAAGACUAACCCUUCUCGGUUUAUAACCCAGUCGUCCGCAUCACCGCGCUUCUCUAAGGUUAAUUGUGGCGACUCUACCCUAAUGGCCUGAGGUAUUCACGUUUGCCACCUAUCUGGAACGGUUAUGUCCGUUGAUCUGGAACACGAAGACCACUCUAUGCGCAGGCUACGGUUCUGAUCACAGAAAGCGAUCGGGCAAUCACUGUCGACAAGUCGAGCUCAGCAUAAGGAGACUUCUCGUUUGUGCCUUCAAUGUUUUAGCGAGGAGGAGUACAAACUCCUCAAGCUGCUCAGUUGCAUCGCUGUCCCGUCUCGUAUUGCCAGCAAUGAAGCUCCGGUCGGUUUUGAGUCGUAA